UGUAACUCUAACCUAAUUUUUCUUAAAUGUUAAACCUUUUGUUAAUUGAAUGGGAAUGCAAAAAUUUUAUAAAAUGAGUGUAAAUAGUGUUUACUGUCUUCUAGUAAGAAGACCCAUGUAUUUAUCCUUUCAGUUAUCCUUUCCACGAAAUAAUUACGCAAAAAAAGACACAGGAAGCGUGAGCAUGGUGGGUGGUGUUUUAAAAAAGAAAAAAUUAGGAAAACUGGGACCCGUUGUCGAAAAAACUGUAUUACCCGUAGAAACCGAUCCCGAGAAACUAGUUAAAUAUGCCUGCGGUACAAAUAUUUUCAAAACAGGUGAGGACGUGCUUUUGAAACCAGAUAACGAGUAUCCAGAAUGGCUAUGGAACAUACGCCUAGGUCCACCUCCUCCCUUAGAAGAAUUAGAUCCUAAUUCUAAACAAUACUGGAAGCGAAUAAGAAAAAUGGCAAUGAGGCGCAACAAUAAAUUUGCUCAGCUCAAAAAAUUUUAGUUAUGUAAAUAAUAAUGUGUAUUAUGUACCGAAUAAUUUUAUUUUAAAGUAUUUAAUACAAA